GAGAGGUCCUGCCCUCCUUCCCCUCUAGCUGUCUCUUGGCAUGGAGCUGGCACUGCCCCUUCCCUGGCAUUUGCUCUGGUUCUGCCUUUCUGGUUUAAGCUGUGGCUCGUUACUUAGGAGCUCGCUAGUACGUUUCCAGAAUGGAACUGUGGUUGAGAGCGAGGAACCAUGUACAGGAAUCGUUCUAUUGGUUACCAAUCAGACAAGAAGCCUGGUGUGUGAUAAAUUGUGGGGUGUGGAAUCCCUUCUCGCUAACGUCGUUUGCCACGAAUCAGGCUGCGGAAAGCCAAACCUUACAUGGACCCUGCAGUUUCCUCCACCGUCCUCCUUAGGGGCCGUCCAGGGGCUACGAUGCACAGGAGAGGAGUCCUCUGUGAACGAGUGUGAGCACUUGGGGGAAGCUGCGCAGGAUUGUGUCCCGCAGGGCAUUGCAGCUGUAACGUGCGAACGCAAUAUCACACAGGGUCCAGGUAACUCUUCCAUGCGUUUGUCCAGGGGCCGUAACUCAUGUGAUGGACACGUUGAGGUGUUUACAGGGGACACUUGGAGCCCUGUGUGUUUCACGGGUAUCAAGGAUGGUGACAUUCAGGAGCUCUGCACACAGCUGGACUGUGAGCCUCAGAAUCCUCUGAUUACCGCUCUCCAUAGAGGACAGUUACAAGAAGCUGUGAUGUUCCAAUGUUCGGGGAACCAAACUUUGCCCUGGGAAUGUGACCAUGAAAUGGUGGACGUGUGUCAGAAUGGUGUGACUACAUACCUGCAAUGUCAUCGCCCAAGGAUGGAGGAGUCCUGGAUGGUUUGGACAGCCAUAUCUUUAGCUGUGCUGAUGAUAGUGGCGCUUUGCUGGGUUCGUGUUGCGAAGACCUGGAAAUGCUGUACUCAGUCCUUGAACAGGCAUUUACGGUCGUGUUGUUCUGGUGCCUCGCGCAAACAUAAACCGCCCCACCAAAGUGCCAAGAGGCGUAGGAACAUUUAUCGCAACGAGACCCCCAGUGUGGUGAUUCAGGAGAUCCUGAGUGCUCCAUCAUCCCCUGGGGCUUUACAGGAUCCAGGAGAAGUAAAUGCCCUGCUGGCUCCCCAUGGAUUUCGGCUUAAUAACACCAUCACCCCUCCCCCCAGCUACAUGCACGCUCUUAAAAUCCUCUCCCGUCCCCUGGAGAACACGCAGACUCCACCACCUAGUUACCUGGAAGCUCUGAAGAUACUUUCUCGGCCGGUCCUGGUCCACGUCCAUGCCACAGACUGCCAGGAGGAGAAGGAGGAUCUGGCGGCUCUCAAAGAGGAAGAGAAGAGAGACGACGCUCAGAACCAUUAAUGUGAAUUGCUUUUAUACAAUAUUCUGUACAGACCGUAUUUAAAGUCACAGAGAAGAAUCGCUUGUAGAAAAGUCCAUUAGUAAAACAUAAAGAAGACCGUUUAGUGAAUACAAUAUAUCCUUGUAGUAUGGCUAGCAGGGACACUCCAGCCAUCACACGCACUUUAAUGCAAACGACAGCUGAUUGUUACCUUUUAGUUAACAUUGUUUGUGUGUAAAUUCAUGGAGAGAUCCAUCAGAAUCCCCUCUGUGCGGUUGGAC